AUGCUUCCUCAUUUGAAAGUCCAAUACCAAAAUUGGUUUUCAAAAGUCUCUCCAAUUAAUCCAAAGGACAAAAGUAUUCCUGCAUUUCUGUGUACUUCUCAUACACACUUGGUGCCGGUCUCUCUAUUUAUUCUUCUUAUUCAGCUCUGGAUAUCAGGUCCUUUCUCUAGAAACCUAAAUUACUCACAUUCCUACCUAGGUUUGCAUAUCAGCAUAUCCUACAUUUCGGAAUCAGUCAUCUUCUAUUUAUUAACUAAAAUAUAUUAAAUUUUGGAUUUUAUAUGGAACACAGAAGUAUCUAAAAUCAAAAGAUUAAUAUUUAUGUGA